AUGAGACUGACCGUCGACACCAUCAACCCCAACGUCCGGCGGGCCGAGUACGCCGUCCGCGGCGAGCUCGCCGUCAAGUCGGAGGAGUUCCGCGCGCGGCUGGCAAAGGGCGACGCCGGCCUGCCCUUUCAGCACGUCGUCUCGGCAAACAUCGGCAACCCCCAGCAGCUCGACCAGAAGCCCAUUACCUUUUUCCGCCAGGUCUGCAGUCUGCUCGAGAACCCGCAGCUGCUCGAGAAGGAGCAUGUCCUCGUCAAUGGCCUCGGCUACAAGACCGACGUCGUUGAGCGUGCCAAGUGGCUGCUGAAGCAGGUUGGCUCCGUCGGCGCCUACAGCGCCAGCAACGGCGCCCCGGCCAUCAGGGAGAGCGUCGCCGCCUUUCUCGAGAGACGCGAUGGCUUCCCCGCCGAUGCCGCCCACAUCUACCUCUCGGCCGGUGCCUCGUCCGGCGUCAACACCCUCCUCAACGUCAUCUGCGCCGACAAGUCGACGGGCAUCAUGAUCCCCAUCCCCCAGUACCCCCUCUACACCGCCAGCCUCUCCCUCCUCAACGCCACCGCUGUCCCCUACAACCUCGACGAGUCCCGGGCCUGGGGCACCGACCUCGACACCAUCAAGGCCGCCUACGACAAGGCAAAGGCCGCCGGCACCGACGUCCGCUGCAUCGUCAUCAUCAACCCGGGGAACCCCACGGGCGCCUCGCUCUCCGAGCACGACGUCCGUGCCGUCAUCGACUUUGCCAGCCGCGAGAACCUGGUGCUCAUGGCCGACGAGGUCUACCAGACAAACGUCUUUGUCGGCAAGUUCCACAGCUUCAAGGGCGUCCUGCGCCAGAUGCAAAAGGAGGCGCCAGGCAGGUACGACGCCGUUGAGCUGGCCUCGCUCCACAGCAUCUCCAAGGGCAUGGUGGGCGAGUGCGGCCACCGCGGCGGCUACUUUGAGCUCGUCGGCUUCGACCCCGAUGUCGAGGCCAACAUCUACAAAUUCGUCUCCAUCAUGCUCUGCGCCCCCGUCAUCGGCCAGUGCCUCGUCGAGCUCAUGGUCAACCCGCCCAGGCCCGGCGACCCGUCGUACGACCUCUACAACCAGGAGUACUCGGGCAUUCACGAGGGCCUCCGCGAGCGCGCCACCGCCCUCCGCAACGCCUUUUCCCAGAUGGAGGGCGUCGCCUGCGCAGAGCCCCAAGGCGCCAUGUAUCUCUUCCCAACCAUUCGCCUGCCCCAAAAGGCCGUCGACGCCGCCGCCGCAGAGGGCCGCGCCCCCGACGACUUUUACUGCAUGCGCAUGCUCGAGGCCACGGGCAUCUGCGUCAUCCCCGGCUCCGGCUUCGGCCAGGCCGAGGGCACACUGCACUUCCGCACCACCUUCCUGGCCCCCGGCACCGAGUGGGUCGGCAGCAUCGUCAAGUUUCACAAGGAGUUUAUGGACCAGUACAGGUAG